GGUGCUUCAUUCUUAGCCGGUGCUCUUUUACUGAAUAUGAGUACAUGUGAAGCCUUUGUCUCACUUGUAAAUAUGAUUAACAACAGUCAGGUUCUAUCCGCCUUAUACAACUCUGACGAAAAGAAAAUACAAGGGUUCUUCAAAAUCUUCAAUGUUAUUUUUGCCGAAAAUUUGCCAAAAUUAUAUCUUCAUUUCAAAAAUCUUGCCCUUACACCCGAGAAUUAUUUGCCUGACUGGUUCAUGACAGUAUUUGCCUCCAUUAUUCCACUUGAAUUAUCAUCACGGUUAUGGGAUAUC